AUGGCAAAUUCUCAGCCCGAGGAUCCUUUCCUCGUGGUCCAAACAGACGUUGAAGCUAACUUGCAAUCAACCCGCCACCUAUUCUCCUCGUACCUGCGCAUCCGUACGCUCUCGACGUCCGCGACCUCGCCAGAACUCCAGCAGUCUCGCGCGGACCUGCGCUCGAACCUCGAAACCCUCACCGCCGACCUUGCCGACCUCCUCGAGUCCAUUUCCGCCGUCGAGUCGGAUCCCUACCGCUUCGGCCUGGACGUCGCAGAAGUCCGGCGCCGGCGCCAAUUCGUGAAAGAUGUUGGCGACGAAGUCGAAGGCAUGCGUCGUGAACUUGAGGACGUCACUACCGAUUCGCAUAUUGCUGGACCCGCCGCAACCGGUGGAUCAGCAACUGGAAAGUUACCUGCGCCCUCGACAUUCACAGAUGGUGUCAAUUCAGAUGAUGAAGGUGACGACCACGACCCCUACGGCGAAUUCGAGGCGCAGCAGCAGGCGACCAUGAUGGCCGAGCAGGAUCAGCAGCUCGACGGAGUGUUUCAGUCGGUCGGCGUCCUGAGGGGCCAGGCGGAGGAUAUGGGUCGUGAACUGGAAGAGCAAGGGCACAUGUUGGACGAGGUCGAUACGUUAGCGGAUCGAGUGGGUGGGAAGUUGAGUGUGGGUGUGAAGAAGGUGGGCGAGGUGAUUAGGAAGAAUGAGGAUACGGUCAGCAGUUGUUGUAUUGCUGUGCUGAUUGUGGUGUUGAUCAUUUUGUUGAUUUUGCUUAUUAUUCUAUGA